AACCUUUUUAGGACUCUCACCAAUUAACACAAAACCUCGCCGAAAAGCUUCUCCAUAGCAAUAAUCAAACUUCUUCUUCUUUUCUGGAAUUAUUAAACUUCAAGGGUUCGAAUUUUUGCAACACAAAUGGAAUCCAAUUUUCAAUAUCCACCAACUUCAAGCUUGACAAUCCCUAUUCUACCAGCAGAACUCGUUACUGAAAUCCUCUCAAGGCUUCCUGUGAAAUCCCUCUUGAGAUUCAAGUGUGUUUCGGAAUUAUGGCUUGCUUUAAUAUGUAGUCCUGAAUUUGUCAAAACCCAUCUCAGCUUAUCCGCUAAUAACAAGGACUAUAGCCGCCACAAGGUUAUGAUGUAUCAUGUUCCUAAGUAUAGUUUUAAAGACUGUAGUCUUAUGUCUUUAUUUAAUGAGUCUGUUACCGAGGCAUUUGACUUGAAUUUUCCUAUGAAAUUCAAUGGAUUGGACAGGAACAAGAAGAAGAAGUAUCCUGUUUGGAUUAUGGGUUCUGUCAAUGGAUUGAUUUAUCUUGUCAAUGAGGACGACAUGUUUCUAUGGAAUCCAUCAACUAGAAAAUACAAGAAAUUGCCUGAUCCUAGGCUUACAUUAAGAUAUAUUUUCUUGAGAAUGUGCGGUUUUGGAUAUGAUGAGUUGCAUGAUGAUUAUAAGGUAGUGAUUUUCAUUAAUAACAGUUCACAUGAUGAAGUCAAAAUAUAUAGUUUGAAGAGUGAUUCUUGGAAAAAUGUUGAUGCUUGUCCAAGUAUGGUGCAUUACGUUCCAGGUAAGUUUGUGAAUGGAAAACUUCAUUGGGUUACUUUUACACAAAACAUCAUUUCAAUUGAUUUGACUGGCGAGCGAUGGGGAGAGAUGGAAAUCUACGUUGAAAGCCUAGUUUGUCCUUUUUCUAAAACAAAGGUUGGAAAAGCUAAGAUCACAAUCUUGCUACAAAUAACUUGUGUAGUGUUGUUGCUGGUAGUCCUGCUCUUGCUCUUGUACUGACAGAGGCGGAUUUAGGAUUUAAAUUUAAUGAGUUAAACUUUUAA